AUGUCGCAGCAAGCUGGGCCUUCCGGCUCCGCGGCCCAUCGCUUCCAGGAACGGCGACAGGAGCGCAUGAGAGGAGCAGGCACACAACGCGUCGAGCAACGACCCUUCACUUUCUCGAAAGGACCACGCGCAAGCACAAGGGCAGCUACGGCAGCAAGAUCCAGCACAGCCCAGCAGGCCUCUUCUUCUCCGAGCGCCCGGGACGCUGUGCAAACACCUCGGCGAGCCGAUGCAGGUGCACCGCAAGCUCCACUCAGGAGUGCGAUGAGGGGUGGCAGGGAGAAGGCCGCAACGGCGAGGCCAAGUGUAGCGCUUGCUGGCGCCGCAGAGCAGAGCAUGGAGGAUGGAGAAGUUCACGGCACUAGGCGCACCAUAGAAGGAGCAGAUCGUACUGGUGGCGCGCCGAGACGAAGCAGCGUCAACUUCAUUCAAUCUGCGCUCAAGGGCAGAAGUCAAGGCCUGGCAGCUUCUGCUUCGCAACCGAAUGCCCGAGCACCGACAACGAGCACACCAUUCAGAGGUCGCGUCUCCAGCUCUACGGCGAGCUCUCGCUCGAGAGAAGAUGACGAAGCAAGCGUCCCCUCGGACGAGGAUGACCUUCUUGGCGGACCGGCGACAGCUAGCUUUACGGCGGACGACCAGAUGCCCUAUAUCGCAUCGCCGGAGCUGGACGCGCAUGUAGACUCGCCAGGAGUCAGCGCUGCCGCUCGAGUGAUGGAGGCGCGCAAACGCAAAAGACAAGCCAGUCCAGGCACAGUCAGAAAGGUGCAGUCUCAGCUGUCCUUCUCGAAAGCUGCGACGCGUUCCGCUGCUCAUGCAAAAGGAACUUCAGCGGGAAAGGUCGGUACAAAGGGUGGCAGGGCAAGAGGAAGACCUCCAAAGUCUAGCAAGGCUCGUGCGCCAUCGCGCAAAGAGCUCGAAGCGGAGGAUUUAGACUCGUCUUUGACUGCUGCAGACCUCACAUUGGCUUCGGCCCGUGGGCAGCUGGCGGGUGUGAGCUCAAGUCAAUCAGAACCGACGGCUGCAGAGCGAAGAGCAAUGAAGAAGAAGCUACGAAGCGUCGUCAGAUUGGCCCUUGGCAGCAGCAAGAGUAAGGGUGGUAGCGCGCCCACGGACGUAGAUGUGCUGUGGUCGAUUGUGGAACGACAUUUGCGUGAUGCCACAGAUGCCCAGCCCCAAGCGCCGAUUGCCAAAGCACUGAAGACGAUACGCAGAUCGGCCAGAACGCUCUUUGCGACGCUCUCGGAGCGAGCGAUGGAAAGAAGUACGCUUCUCAGACAACUGAGCACGGCACGGAGACGCAAGAGAAUCUUGCGAAAGGAGGUCUUUGACCAGCGAACGGAGCUGCUCGAGACGAGACGCGAGGUGGAUCGACUUGACAAGGAAGAGAGAAAGGUCAAGGAAGAAGCACAGCGUACUGAACGCCUCAAAAAGUAUCUAGCUGAUCUUCGAGCGGCCUCGAAGGAAUGGACCUAG